AUGUCGAAGUCCAGAGUGGCACCCCUGGAAGAUUUGAAGAAGAAAAACCGCAAGCUAUCUACGCCCCGUCUCGAACUUUCGUCCGCACUGCUCCUCAGUCACCUUUACGAGAAGGUCAGCCAAGCAACCCAACUGAAGAUACCGUCGUUUUUCUGGACUGAUUCCAAUAUUGUCAAAUUUUGGAUUGCGUCGACUCCAUCGCGAUGGCAAACCUUUGUCGCGAACAGGGUAUCCGAGAUCCAGCACCUGACGAAAGGUGGUUUAUGGAAUCAUGUCGCAGGAAUCGAAAACCCAGCCGAUGUUCUUUCGCGUGGCAUAUCAGCCGCACAAUUGGAGUACCAAUCACUUUGGUUUAACGGACCCAUUUGGUUGCGCCAAGAGCAAAACUUCUGGCCCGUGAACGCUGAAGUUGCCGUUGAACAGCUUGAUCCAGCUACCCUCGAAGAACGUAAAAUUGUAACGCUACCGCUGCAAGCAAUUCCGUUAAAUGAAAUAUUCUCCUUACGCUCGUCGUUGUCGUCGUUAGUAAGGUUGGUAGCUUGGAUUCGUCGUUUCCACCACAAUGCGCGGACUGCUAACCGAGGCACUAGAAGAGUGGGAUUAAUCACCUCGCAAGAAUAUGAAGACGCCAUGCUACACCUAGUUCGGCUAUCACAAAAGGAAAGUUUUUCGCAAGAGUUAACGAAUCUGUCCCGUGAGAUUCAAAUUAAAGAUUCUUCCGCAAUAUCGCCACUGAAUCCCACGCUGCAGGAUGGAAUACUUCGUGUUGGUGGCCGGCUCUGA